AUGGCGCCAGGCGGCGGAGACGGCCGGCGCAACGGCGAGGCGGCGACAGGACAGCAGGCGAACGGCGGCAACAACGCUAAGGCGAAGCACGGGUGCGUGUGCGGGUUCCCCGUGUGCGCGUGCGCCGGCGCCGCCGCGGUGGCGUCCGCCGCCUCCUCCGCCGACAUGGACCGCGUGGCGGUCGCCGCCACCGAGGGCCAGAUCGGCGCCGUCAACGACGAGAGCUGGAUCGCCGUCGACCUCAGCGACGACCUCUCCGGCGACGGCGCCGACCCCGGCGUCGCGCUCGAGGACCGCCCCGUCUUCCGCACCGAGAAGAUCAAGGGCAUCCUCCUCCACCCUUACAGGGUGCUGAUCUUCGUCCGUCUGAUCGCGUUCACGUUGUUCGUGAUCUGGCGUAUCUCGCACCGCAACCCGGAUGCGCUGUGGCUGUGGGUGACCUCGAUCGCGGGCGAGUUCUGGUUCGGCUUCUCCUGGCUUCUCGACCAGCUCCCCAAGCUGAACCCGAUCAACCGCGUCCCGGACCUCGCGGUGCUCCGGCAGCGGUUCGACCGCGCCGACGGGACGUCCCUCCUCCCCGGGCUGGACAUCUUCGUGACCACGGCGGACCCGUUCAAGGAACCCAUCCUGAGCACGGCCAACUCCAUCCUCUCCAUCCUGGCCGCCGACUACCCCGUGGAGCGCAACACGUGCUACCUCUCCGACGACUCCGGGAUGCUGCUGACCUACGAGGCCAUUGCGGAGGCCGCCAAGUUCGCCACCGUCUGGGUGCCCUUCUGCCGGAAGCACGGCAUCGAGCCCCGCGGGCCCGAGAGCUACUUCGAGCUCAAGUCGCACCCGUACAUAGGCCGGUCGCAGGAGGACUUCGUCAACGACCGCCGCCGCGUCCGCAAGGAGUACGACGAGUUCAAGGCGCGCAUCAACGGGCUCGAGCAUGAUAUCAAGCAGAGGUCCGACGCGUACAACGCCGCUAGGGGGCUUAAGGACGGCGAGCCCAGGGCCACCUGUAUGGCCGACGGUAACCAGUGGGAGGGCACAUGGGUCGAGCCCUCCGAGAACCACCGCAAGGGAGACCACGCCGGCAUCGUCUAUGUGCUUCUGAACCACCCCAGCCACAGCCGUCAGCUCGGCCCGCCGGCGAGCGCGGACAACCCGCUGGACUUCAGCAUGGUGGACGUGCGGCUGCCCAUGCUGGUGUACGUCUCCCGUGAGAAGCGGCCGGGGUUCAACCACGAGAAGAAGGCCGGCGCCAUGAACGCGCUGACCCGCUGCUCCGCCGUGAUCUCCAACUCGCCCUUCAUCCUCAACCUGGACUGCGACCACUACAUCAACAACUCGCAGGCGCUGCGCGCGGGCAUCUGCUUCAUGCUCGGCCGCGACAGCGACACGGUGGCGUUCGUGCAGUUCCCGCAGCGGUUCGAGGGCGUGGACCCCACAGACCUGUACGCCAACCACAACCGCAUCUUCUUCGACGGCACGCUCCGGGCGCUGGACGGCAUGCAGGGCCCCAUCUACGUCGGCACCGGGUGCAUGUUCCGCCGCAUCACGCUCUACGGCUUCGACCCGCCGAGGAUCAACGUGGGCGGGCCGUGCUUCCCGUCGCUGGGCGGCAUGUUCACCAAGACCAAGUACGAGAAGCCCGGGCUGGAGCUCACCACCAAGGCCGCCGUGGCGAAAGGCAAGCACGGCUUCCUGCCCUUACCGAAGAAGUCGUACGGCAAGUCGGACGCGUUCGUGGACACCAUCCCGAGGGCGUCCCACCCGUCGCCGUUCGCGGACGCGGACGAGGCCGCCGCCAUCGUGGCCGACGAGGCGACCAUCACCGAGUCCGUGGCGGUGUGCACGGCGGCGUACGAGAAGAAGACCGGGUGGGGCAGCGACAUCGGGUGGGUGUACGGCACGGUGACGGAGGACGUGGUGACGGGGUACCGGAUGCACAUCAAGGGGUGGCGGUCCCGCUACUGCUCCAUCUACCCGCACGCCUUCAUCGGCACCGCCCCGAUCAACCUGACGGAGCGGCUGUACCAGGUGCUCCGCUGGUCCACGGGCUCCCUGGAGAUCUUCUUCUCCCGGAACAACCCUCUGUUCGGGAGCACGUUCCUGCACCCGCUGCAGCGCGUGGCGUACAUCAACAUCACCACCUACCCGUUCACGGCGCUGUUCCUCAUCUUCUACACCACGGUGCCGGCGCUGUCGUUCGUGACGGGGCACUUCAUCGUGCAGCGGCCCACCACCAUGUUCUACGUGUACCUGGCCAUCGUGCUGGGGACUUUGCUGAUCCUGGCCGUCCUGGAGGUCAAGUGGGCGGGCGUCACCGUCUUCGAGUGGUUCCGGAACGGCCAGUUCUGGAUGACGGCCAGCUGCUCCGCGUACCUGGCCGCCGUGUGCCAGGUGCUGGUGAAGGUGGUGUUCCGGCGGGACAUCUCCUUCAAGCUGACCUCCAAGCAGCCCGCGGGCGACGAGAAGAAGGACCCCUACGCCGACCUCUACGUGGUGCGCUGGACCUGGCUCAUGGUGACCCCCAUCAUCAUCAUCCUCGUCAACAUCAUCGGAUCCGCCGUGGCCUUCGCCAAGGUGCUGGACGGCGAGUGGACGCACUGGCUCAAGGUGGCCGGCGGCGUCUUCUUCAACUUCUGGGUGCUCUUCCACCUCUACCCGUUCGCCAAGGGCAUCCUCGGGAAGCACGGCAAGACACCCGUGGUGGUGCUCGUCUGGUGGGCAUUCACCUUCGUCAUCACCGCCGUGCUGUACAUCAACAUCCCCCACAUCCACGGGCCCGGCGGCAAGCACGGCGGCGCGAUCGGAAAGCACGGCGCCGCCCACCACGGCAAGAGGUACGAGCUCUACGGCUGGCCCUGA